UCGUUAGUUCAAAAAACGCUUAAGAACGUUCAUAGUGCAUCCACUUUUUUCCACAAGAGGAACCGAUUUGCAAGUUCUAUUUUGAAUCAUAAUCUUUUCAUUAGUCUACGUAUCAAGAAUCGGAGAUGGAUUUUGUGCUGAGAAAAGUGAACAGUUUAGGAAGAAAAGUUGCAACUUUCCCUCAUGUGGAAACUAUUGGAAGAACACUCUUUGCCUCAUCCUUCUUCCUCUCUGCUUGGCAUGAUUACAUGGAGCUCAGAUCCAAUUGGGAAGGAUCAGAGGAUUACUGGAGACCGAAGUUCGGGUAUUCAGGAGAUCAGAUUAAGCAUCUUAUGGCAGUUAGUAUCAUGGUGAAGACGCUUGGUGGACUUAUCUUCAUCUAUGGCAGCUUCUUUGGAGCUUUCUUCUUGCUUCUACACCAAGGCAUUGCUACAACGAUACAUCAUGAUUUCUACAACCAACGUAUCGACACAGAAGAAUUUGGACUACUUUAUAUCAAAUUCAAAAGGAUCCUUAAUGAAACAAUAUACGAAGGCGCUCAAAAUCUCUAUAAUUCAAAUUUUGACGAGCAGCAUAUUAAGCAAACCAUAUCGAAAUUUCGUGAGCUUGCGGAUCACGCAGUUACAAACCCUGCCUUGUUCGGACGUGAUGAGUUUUUUCGACGGCUCUUACGUUUCAUCAAAGCAUUGGCCGUAGUAGGAGCAUUGCUAUUUUUCGUGACAAUGAAGCAUAAACUCAACAAUUCCAAGAAGGAAUCCAAAGUUAAAACUGACUGAAACGGGGGCUCAUUUUGUAUAUUUACCUUUCAGGCUUUCCUUAUAGAUUUUAUGUGAUUUUCUUUGUCUUCA